UAUGGCGCACAAGUAUGACCUCCUAUUAGUAGAAACCAAAACAGACGGGAAAAAGAGACUUAAACCAUGGUAUAAAGAAAGAUUAGAGACAAAGUAUAUAAAGCCAAGAAAGCUCAGAGGAAAUUCAGAAACGCUGAUCGGCACGUCUUGGACUUUUUUGGAGAAGGGAAGCGAUGACUUUAGGGAUGGUCUUCCCCCUGACGCUAAUUAUAAUUAUAUUAAGAAGACUAAUACAGGGUUAGGACCAAACAUAACUGGAUCUGAUGAAACAAUAAAUGAAUAUAUGAAUGACAGAGUGAGAUUUACAAAGAAUGAAGCCUGUUUUUCAAGGUACAUUGUGUUUGAAGAUGUUGUUGAGAUUCUAGAUCCAGAGAUGAACAUUGACAGUGAAACUGGAGAUGAAGAGAUGCAGGAAAGUGAUGAGGAUUCUGAGGAAGCCAAAGGAGCUGGAGAUCAAGAUGAACUGCAGUCUUUAAAGAGUGGAGGGUCAGGGAAAGUAAGCAACUCUGAGUCUGAGAAAGAUCAGUCCAAACUCACAUACAAAUGGCUCCCUAAACAAGAAGAUGUACAAAAAGAAGAGAGCAAAAGAGCUAGUAGGCGCAAGGCAGAGUCUCCAACAUCGGAUGCAAGGAUACAAGAAGUAACCAAGGAAUUUUGUGAAUGGGUGGCUGGCUUAGGUGGUCAAAGCAACAAUAUAGAAGAGUCAACAGUGAUGAGUUUAUUUGCCAGUGGAUAUGAAACAAAGCCAGCACUGUCAGUGCCUAUCCAUGUUGUUGAACUGACAAAUGUUCCACCUGAGUUAAGAAUGAACACUGGAUCUCCAUUACCAAAGCCAAGUGAAACAAGACAAGUGCCAGAAACUGAAAAGGAAAAGGCCAAAACCAAGUACACUCCAAGCUGGGUGAAGGUUAAAUAUGGAGCAUGGUACCUGAGCCCCUCAACAUGGAAAGCUCGUGCCAGUGGCGAACCAUUACAAGAUCCAAAAGCACAGCAGGACAAAACACUGUCUGAGUCCAAGAAGAAAAGCCAGAAGUUGGAUAAUGUGCUUUCCACCAUGCAUGGAGCUAAAGCAUUCAAAGAUUUUAUAGACAAAAAGAACACUAGAGUACCCGAAUUUCUUGAAGUGGUAGCUGAACACCAAGAACCCAACAAAACUGACUCAGAGGAAACAACACAAGAUGGUAGAAAGAAAUCACGUGCUGUUAGCAUUGCCAAAUCACAAUUUGGUUCAAAUGAAUAUGUAUAUUGAGUGGGUAGGUAUUUUAAUAAUGUCAGAGGACCUAGUAGAUCUGAAUUUACAAGUUGGAAGUAAGGUCAACAUAAGUGCAAUCAUACAAGUCUGUACAGUUUCUCUUUAAAAUCAAUUUAUUCUUUUCAAGAAACACCUCAAAUGGAACAAAUGUAAAUACAUUAUCUUUGUAAAUACUUUAUAAAGUACACUAUUUAUUUGAUAUUAAAAAUAAUACUAUGUACUUUUUUGUAAUAAAGUGUUCAAAAAUUGUUCCAAGAAA